AUGCCGGAUCCGCUGUGCGCGUUUGUCGGUCAGGGCGCGGCGCUGACCGCGGCGGCCUGGGCCGCGGCGGCGGCGAACGCCGACGGCGGCGGACCAUUCCAGCGGCUCGGAGAGGGCUGGGGCGCGGCGUUGCGGGAGGCGUGGACGGCGGAGGCGGUGCGCACUGUGCCCGCGGAAAGGCGGGCGGCGGCGGGCGACGCGGAGGAGCUGUUCGCGUACGCCCGUCCGCCCACGAAGAGGGAGAGGCUCGAGAAGGGCGAGCGGCACGCCGAGCAGCACCAGGGGUGGGCCGAUGCGCCGAAGGAGAAGAGGCGGAGGGCGGCGGAGGAGCAGACGGCGGCGCAGGCGGCGCUGCUGGGGCCGCUCGCGGCCGCGGACACCACGGCGUCGCUGGGAGGCGCGCCGAUGCGGAGGCCGAGCGCCAUCGUGGCGGCGGUGCUGCAUCAACCCAUCGCGGCGGAGCGGGCGGUCAAUCAAACAAUCAACCCAUACUACCGCACUGGCACCGUGCGGGCCUGGGCGGAGGCGGCGCAGAUCAUCUUCGCGUUCACGCCCAACUCAGCCGCGGCGGAGCGUGUGUUCUCCAUGCUCAAGUCAAUGUUCGGCGACCAACAAAUGGAGACCUUGGCAGAUAUCAUCCAGACGGCCUUAAUGCUCCGCAUCAACGAGCGCCGCGUCGACCCAAAGACGAACAAGCUGGUCGUCGACCCCAAGGGCAAGCAGGUCCUCGAGUCGAUCCGCGGCAGCGUCGGCGUCUGCUCCGUGGCGGGCGUCUACCGCACCGGCAAGAGCUACAUCCUCAAUCAGCUGGCCGGCCGCGACUCGGGCUUCGGCGUCGGCUCCUCGGUGCAGGCGUGCACCAAGGGCAUCUGGCUGUGGGGCGCGCCCAUCGAGCGGCGCGGCUCCUCGGCCGCGGCCGCCGGCGCGCCCGACUAUGUGCUGCUGCUCGACACCGAGGGGCUGCAGUCGCUCUGCCAGACAGAGGGGCACGACGCCAAGAUCUUCUGCCUGGCGAUCCUGCUCUCCUCCUUCUUCCUCUACAACUCGGAGAAGGCCAUCAACUCGGCCGCCAUCGACCAGCUCUCCCUCGUCGCGCAGCUCACCAAGAAGAUCCGCGUGCACGCGGCCGGCAACGGCGGCGGCGGCUCGGACGCGGCGGAGCUGGCCGAGGUGAUGCCGUCCUUCCUGUGGCUGCUGCGCGACUUCCAGCUCGAGCUCGAGGACGAGCAGGGGCGCCCCAUCUCCCCUGACGCCUACCUCGAGCAGUCGCUCCGCGCGCAGCCCGGCAGCUCCGCCGCCGUCCAGGAGCAAAACGGCACGCGGGCGGCGAUCCGCGACCUCUUCCCGCGCCGCUCGUGCGUCACGCUGCGGCACCCGACGCUGGGGACCAAGCUGCCCGACUCUGCGCUCAAGCAGCUGCCCGCCAUCGACAAGCUCCACCCCGCCUUUCGCGACGGCGUCAUCGACCUCAAGCAGCGCGUCUUUGGCGAGAUCCGCGCUAAGGCGGUCGGCGGCGCGGCGGCGACGGGGCCGAUGCUGCUCGGGCUGGCGGAGGCGUUCGUGCGCGCGGUCAACGAGGGCGCGGUGCCCACCAUCUCGACCGCGUGGCAGGCCGUGCUCACCAUCGAGUGCCAAAAGGCGCUCGACCAGGCCGCCGCAAUCUUCCGCGCCAAGCUGAGCGGCGCGGCCGAGGCGGAGCCGGUGGCGGGCGAGGCGGAGUGGGCGGCGGCGGUGGCGGCGGCGCGCGACGAGGCGCUCAAGCGGUUCCAGAGCGUCUCGGUCGGCGAGGGCCGCGCCGCCUUCGAGGAGAAGCUCGAGGCGGCCAUGCGGGACGAGCAGGCGCGGGCCGAGCAGGUUCGGGCGGCCAAGUCGGAGGCGGUGUGCGCCAGGGUCGCGGCGUCGCUCGGCGCGCGGCUCGAGGCGGGCGCGCGGAGCGGCGCACCGUCGGAGCUCGCCCCGCUGCUCGAGCAGACCCUCUCCGACUACCUCGCCCAGUCGCACGGGCCCGCGCAGCAGGCGGGCCUCCCCGCGGCGACCCUCGAGCGAGCGCGCCGUGAUGCGGAGGAGAGGGCGAAGGAGGAUUUGCGGCGGGCGAGCGCGGAGCACGCGAUGGCGCUGCAGGCGGCCAAGGCCGAGACCGCCGCCGCCGCCGCCGCCGCCGCCGCCGCGGAGAGGCGCGCCAAGGCGGCCGAGGCGAGCCUUGCGGCGACGCAGGCGGAGCUGUCCUCGGCGAGGGCGGAUGCGUCGGGCGAGGUUGCUGGGCUCAGGGAGAAGCUCAGCGCGGCCGAGGCGAAGCUCAAGGAGGCGGCGGCGAGCCUGGCGGCCGAGAGGGAGGCGAGCGCCGCGGCGGGCCGGGAGCGGGGCCAGGCGCAGGGCGAGCUGCGCGCGAGCCGUUCGGCGCUCGAGAAUGCAAAGGAAGACUUGGCGCGCGAGAAGAAGAUGAAGGAGGUGGAGACGAAGCGGCUGGCGGACAAGGUGGAGGAUCUCAAGGAGCGGCUCGCGGCGGCGGAGGCGGUCAACGCCGCCGCCCCGCCCCCGCAGCCAGACGACGACGAGGCGACCGCGCCCGGCAAGCGGCACCGGUCCGGCUCCGCGGUCCGCACUCCCUCCCUCGACCCGGUGGCCGAGGCGCCCGAGGCGGCCGAGGCGGCCGAGGCGGCUGACCCUGCGCUCGCCUCGUCGAGCGGGACGAACCGCCGCUCGUCCGUCAUCCCACCCUCCCAGCUCGCGGUGCCGGUGCUCCAGUCCAAGCUGCGCCAAAAGCUCGGCUCGGGCGCAAAGCUCCCAAAGAAGAAGCAGGAGCUGAUCAACCUCGCCAUGCAGCAUGGCAUCUCCGGCUGAGCCGAGGCGUCGAGGGGGCGACACAGCGAAGCGGCGCGCGCGCAUUGCCACUGGUGACGUGUUGUCAGGGUGGAUGCGCGGUGCGAACCUGCGGGCGGGGGGAGGAAGUCCGAGAAGCGAGAGGCCGAGAGCGGCGGAGUCCAGAGGCGGGAGACGCGGGGCAAAGGAUGUUGCAGAAACUCUGGGGGUCGGCUGUGUGUGCCAGACGACGGCUAUUUUGUCCGGGGCGCUGGGGGGGUCCCUGAGACCCUGGGUGCGCGGCCGGGGGCCGGGGGGCGGCGCCGCGGGGCCGUGACAGCCCUGUGGUCGCGCGGGCGGCUGGUGCGCGGACAGUGGAGAGGUUUGGACUGUUUCUUGAGGUAAUUUGGCAAGGUAAAGGA